AUGUCUCAGAAAAUAGAUCUAAAUUCAUUACCACCACAACAAUUGGUUGAAUUUCGAAAAAAUAUAGAUCAAGAAAUAAAUCAUUUUACUCAAUCAUUACAAGCUUUACAAACUGCACAAACUAAAUUAAAAGAUUGUAUAACAAGUAUAAAUAAUUUAGAAAAUUCAAAACAAAAUGAUUUAUUAAUACCAUUAACAAGUUCAUUAUAUAUACCUGGUAAAACAGUGACAAAACAAGAAUUUUUAGUAGAUAUUGGAACUGGUUAUUAUGUUUCUAAAUCUUCAGAUGAUGCAAAAAAGGUAUAUGAUAAAAAAAUUAAAAAAUUAGACGAAGAUGGAAAGAAGUUAAAAGAUAUAUUAAUUCAAAAAAAUGAAAUAUUAAAUGGUAUAAAUUUAAUAUUAAGAAAGAAAGUAAUAGAGAUGGAAAAGAAUAAUGAACAACAACAAUAA